AUGCAAAAUGAAAAGCCUUCUGAAGCUAUUAAAUACUUGGAAAAAUCACUGGAAAAUUCAUAUUUUUCUUCUGAUAAAGACUUUCGUGUCACUGUUUAUACUCUAUCAGUGAUUAUUUAUAUUCAGUCUAACAAUCUAGAUAGUGCCGAAGAAUGUUGUCGUCAAGCUCUUAAAUGUCAAUCACCAACAAAUAUCAGUAUACAGGCUGAUAAUUUAUUAGCAGAGAUUCCACAGUUGAAAAUCAUUGUCAAAUACCAAAAUCCAGACUAUGCCCGUCAAUUCGUUCGUGCUAGUUUUCAAUUUUUCUCAACAGUUGGUGUUAAUCAUGUCACUGAAUUCGAGUAUGCUUCCUACAUCAAUCGAUUCCAAACUUCUACCUAUGAUGAGUUGAUCACCUUCGCUGAUCAUUACCGUCAUCAGCAAAAUUAUACACGUGCAUCAACAUACUAUAGUAAAGCUGUCAAAAAUAUGACAGAAAUCGAUUCCAAACUGAUGUGGAAUGUCUACAGAAAGAUGGUAAGAAUGAAACAUGAUGAUGAAGAUCGAUAUCAAUAUCAUGUUAUCGAACAAUAUUCGAAAUAUGAUGAUGAUAAUCCAAAACAUUUUGAAAUCAUUGCAACAUUACAAAUAAUCAUGUACAAAUAUUGUCUCACUCAAAAUGAACAUAAUCUUGCAUUCGAUUGUUUAAUACAAGGUAUCUUCAUGAAAAUCAAAUGCUUGUAUCAUCAAAUCAGUAUCGAUUCUAAGUAUAUUUAG